AAGCUGCAUUAUCAACGUGUCACCGUAAAUAUAGAUUAUCAAAGAUAGAUCAUUGAAAAUGGUGUCGAACAACUACAAGUGAAUGCGCUACGUCGAACAAAGAGGUAUGAUUAAACAAAGAAGGAAACGUGCGGACGGAGGCAGACCGGGAAGAAGUAGACAGAGACGGUAACAGCAGCCGCGGGGAAAGGAGGCACGAAGUGAUUGCAAGAGAGGUAGAAAAUGUGCCCGCUUGAUAACAGCAACACGAACCGAAGUACCAUAGAUGCAUCACAGUUCUCCGCGACGUGAUCCUAUCCUGUCCACCGUCCGCGAUCGGUUUCUUCGGGGUCGCAAAGUGGGGAUCCACAGGAGGAGCCGAAUCGUAUGGUCUCAUCUGUGCCGCUCGUGGUACAUGAUCUCAGUCGGGCCGGGAUAUCGUUCGUUUUCGUACACGGGAUUCGCAAAUUUUUGCAAGAACCGUACCGUGAAACCGGGAAUACGCGUCUCACCAGUCCGACCUCCGCUUCCACUUUUAGUGACAUUCCGAAAUCGACCCAGCGUCAAAUAGCCGAUUCCGUUUUCUUCACUUAAGAUAUUUCUUUCACGCUCGUGGUAUCCUUAACGAGUCACUUGUUACCUCCGUUAUCAAACUUCACAACAUUUCACGAAAUGUCAAAAUAGUAUCUCACGUAAAAUGUUUCUUCUCAUAAUUUACAUACGAAGACACCGAUAGUACUUUGUAAUCAGCGAGAAAAAUCGGAUCGACGCGCGAUCAGAUUUUAACCACGCGAUACCGAAACAUGGAGAACACGUGACCGUGGAGGAAUUCGAAGGAACGGAAGUUGAACGCGCGAACGGAAAAAGAACGCGUGGGGGCGGCGAGGAGGGGGUCGAGAUACGAGGGAAGGAAAAGCGAUGCGAAGGGCCGCGAGGGCAGCGAACGUCGAUCGAAAACGUGCUACCAGCGAUUGAGGUCAGGUCGAUCUCGAAGCUGCUGCAGACCGUGUGCCGUUGCUUGCCGCAAGUACGGUGGGACGCAAUUAGCAAACGAGGAGGAGGAUGAAGAAUAACGCGAGCAACCACGAGAAGAACGGGCCGGAGAGCCUGAAACUGUUAAGGGUGCCGUCGACGCCUCCGACCACCCCGACAACGCCAACCACUCCGAGCUCCAGAUGCCUCGAAGAUGUGUUCAAGGAUCUGCCUAUCACCGACGAGACAUCCUGCGGAAUUUGGUGUAUACGCAACCCGACCUUGCAGAGAUUCGCCAACAAGAAGGCGUACGUGUUCCUUUACGGUGUGCUCGGAUGUAUCUUUGCGGCGAGUUACGCUUAUUUCAAUGGCACCAUCACCACCAUCGAGAAAAGGUUUAAAAUACCGUCGAAAAUGACAGGUCUUAUCACCGUAGGUAACGAUAUCUCUCAACUAUUCGUAUCGGUAGUCCUGUCUUAUUACGCAGGACGAGGUCACAGGCCUCGAUGGAUCGCAUUCGGGAUCUACACCGUAGUCCUGUUCUGUUGUUUGACGAUGUUGCCGCACUUUUUGUACGGCCCGGGAGAAGACGCUCUUUUACUGACGAAGGAGUACGGCGCGAAAUCGAAACACGUGAACUCGAGCCUCCUACCCGACAAAUACCGGAAGUUCUUAUGCCUCGCAGAGGAGAACCGCGAGAAGGAAUGCGAUGAGGCCGAUGGAAAUUUCGCGCCUCAAGUGAUAUUGUUUACAGCGCAGCUCGUGUCGGGCGUUGGCGGCUCCCUUUAUUACACGUUGGGAGUCUCCUACAUGGAUGACAAUAUACAGAAAUCGAAGACGCCGGCUUUGAUCAGCUUCUCGUACUUCCUCAGAAUGCUUGGCCCGGCUAUUGGCUACGGUUUGGCUUCGUUCUCCCUCAAGUUCUACAUUAGCCCUACUCUAACGCCUACGAUCACUACGCAGGAUCCGAGGUGGUUGGGCGCUUGGUGGCUCGGUUGGAUCAUUCUGGCGUUUCUCCUCUUCAUCUUCGCAAGCAUCAUCGCACUAUUCCCGAAAACGCUUCCCAGGGCCGCGGCCCGGAAAGCUUUGGCGCUGGAGCGAAACAAGUCGGCAAGCAGUAUAAAAGGGGAGAAGGAGGAACCGGAAUUGCCCGCUUCCCUCUCGGACAUGCUUAGAACGUUCAAGCGAUUGUUGACGAACACCACCCUGAUGUGCAACAACCUUGCGACCGUGUUCUAUUUCAUGGGUUACAUGCCGUACUGGAUUUUCAUGCCGAAAUACAUCGAGACGCAGUACAAACAAUCCGCUUCAGUAUCCUCGUUGAUUACCGGGACAGUCGGUUUGGUAUUCAGUGCUUUUGGAAUUCUGCUUUCCGGUUUGAUCAUCUCCAAGUACAAACCCAAGGCUAGGUACCUGGCCGCGUGGAACGUGAUGGUUGGCGCGAUAUCAGUCAUGGGAAUGAUCUCCUACGCUUUCCUCGGAUGUUCCGCUAACGACAGUCAGAUCACCGUGCAAGCGGACGGUGCUCUCAAGACUCUGCUUCCAUGCAACGAAGAGUGUCACUGCGACUAUGUUACUUAUAAUCCCGUAUGCUCGGAACACGGACAGACAUUCAUUUCGGCUUGCCACGCUGGAUGUCGGAAUAUGCAGAUGCGAACGAACGGCAGUAAAAUGUACACAGAAUGCAGUUGCGUUAAACCAAAGUUCGGUCACCCUUUCCCGUUCUUGUUUUUGAAUAACAACACUUCGACGCGCACUAUAGAAGACCCGGCGGAGAUCGCCGAACCCUCGAGUUGGGGUACCGCGAUACCCGGUGCCUGUCCUGUCGAUUGUAUGCACAAGUUUUACAUAUUUCUGGCUGUGGUUUGCCUGCUUAAAUUCAGCGGGGCUACAGGACGAGCUUCGAACUUCUUGGUCUCCGUCAGAUGCGUCGAUGAGAAAGAUAAAACCGUAGCCAUGGGAUUCGGAUUGACCAUCAUGAGUUUAUUCGCGUUUAUACCUUCCCCCAUUUUGUUCGGAUUUAUUUUAGAUAAAACCUGUUUAGUUUGGGGAAAAACAUGUUCGGGUACUGGGAAUUGUUGGCUGUACAAUGGAGAAACGUUAAGAUAUCUACUAAACUUUACGGCAGCCACGUUCGUAACGAUCGGUACGAUAUUCGAUGUGGGUGUCUGGUAUUUCGUGAAAGACGUAAAAAUCUUCGACGAGGAGAUCGAACUGAAAGACAUAGCAGAGGAACCUGGUGAGACGCUUUGAGAGCGAGUUCAUUAACGAUCGAGUCAGAUCGGCUCGUUUUCAAGGAAAUUGUGAAGUAAAAAGGUUGGGGACGGCAAAGUCGUUCGGUGAAGAGAAUUAUAGCAACAAUAAACAAAAAGAAAAUAUAAGAAAAAAGAUGGGAACGGUGGAAAAAAGGGGCAGUCGACGCAUAAAGACUUUUUACAAGUACCUUAAGCAACUUCUUAGAUAUUUAAAAAACUCGUAGUACCUCAGAUAGAACUUACCGUUGACUAGUUCACUCGUGAGGCGCACCAUUCGAGGAUGAUAAUGAAUUUUAUUUUUUACUACGCCUGUGUUUCAUUACCAUUAUUGUAUAAUGAUAAUUCUCAUCGUCCGUGAGAAAUCUGGAAGAGUUCACACGCAACAUAACAAUCAGUGAAAAACGUCUUCAUCCAUUCCAUUUUUAAUGUUGUAAUCUUGUGUAAGAAGAUUGAAAUAAAUAUUAAUAAAACAGGACCAUGUAACGCGAUUAUCUUUAGGUUAUUAAUUUUUCAACAAUGUUUAUACACGUGUCGUAUCCAUAGCUAUUUUAAUCCUGAUCAUAGUUGGGUUUAAGUACAUAGAAAUGUAAUGAAUGGGAAUUUUUUGACUGAUUGUACGGAAGAAACAAGCGUAAGCGGAUUCACAGUAGUAUGAGACACUUUGAGUCAGACGUGGUCUUUCGUCUCGCGUACGAAAACAAUCUAUAGUUUACAAGUUUGCAGGAUAAAAUUUCUAUUCACUGGUAAGAGAAAUAAUGUUUUUAAAUCUAAUGAUAUGAAAAAGUGCCUUAAAUUAAUUAAGUGUUGCAAUAUUCUCGAAUAAUAUUUGUAAGUUGGAAAAUUACCAGCGGCAAUUGUUAUAGAGCAUCCGAAACAAAUUAGAUCGCGUAAUACCAAGUCAAUGUUAAGAUUUGUUGACGAUAAUAAUAAAAAUAUGCAAUUUUAAA